GGUACGCAUAACGUGACUCGAACAUGAAGAUUCUUAAAAAAGUUAGAAGUAUUUAUUGCUAAUUUUAAUCGAUAAACAUGUCAUAAAAUUAAUUAAUUGUGGUACGCAUAACGUGACUCGAACAGCAAGAUUCUUGAAAAGAAAUAUUUUUAUUAGUUGAAAAACAUAUCUCCUGCUGGUAUAUGUACGAAGCCCUAAACCUCUGGGAAAAAGAAGAAGAUGACAGUUUCUUUGAUAGUUAAAGCUUCAAUUCAGCUUCAUUAUCGAGCCAUUAUCAUCCCCUGGGUGCAGAAGUUUGGUACUAUAAGCUGCUCUCGAGGCAGAGAUUAUAGCACUUUUCCAGUCAGGCACAUUCCCAAGAGAUCUAAUGGAUGCCAAGAGUCAGAAGCUGCUUUGCCAAGGAAGCACAUUUUGGACAUAGAAAAGCAUGGUUUCCUAGACAGGAAUAUUCAGGAAACUGAAUUUUCUGUUGGCGGAAGGUCGAAGUACGGGGACAUUCCUUUACAUUCCAAGACUCAAAAUCAUAAACAAAAGUUUUUUACCAGCCUAGACGAUGAGGUGGAAUGCGGGGAGGAAGAUGAAGUCAAUGGAGAUUUAGUACUUGAACAUGGUAUAGCUGAAACUGAUAAAGCUAAACAAGAUGCUGAAAGAAUCGCAGUUCAGUUACUUGCUUCAAGAGCAUUUACGGCUGUAGAACUGAAGAAAAAGCUCCUGGGAAGAAAGUUUACGCUUAAUGUCGUUAAUUCUGUAAUAACAGAUUUCAAUACCAGGGGUUUAAUCAAUGAUGGUCUAUAUGCUGAAAUGUAUUCUCGGUCCAGAUGGUCUUCCUCAAGUUGGGGUCCAAGACGAAUCAAGCAAAACCCCGUUGAACAUUCUCAUCAUCUCUGGAUUAGGCCUUGAUCAAGAAGGGUGUAAGUGAAACGGAUGCUGAUAAUGCCAUAAAAUUAGUCUUCAAGAAGGACGAAGCUGGUGAAGAGCAAGAAUCAGGAGAAUCAGGACAUGCUAUGUCAAAACCUUCUCUGGAUCAUUUGUUUGUCCAGGCAUCUAAACAGUGGCUUAAAGGGCAGGGUGUGUCUAGAGAAAAACGUAAAGCAAGGAUUAUUCGUUGGCUUCAGUAUCGUGGCUUUGAUUGGAGUAUGGUUAGUUUCAUACUUAAGAAGUUAGACUCCAACUAUCCUCAAUAGAGCUUCAUUACUCGGCGAAAGGGACUAUAAUGACCUGUUUGAUGUUGCCUUUAGCUGCAUGAGGUAGACAAGAGCAAUGCUUCCUACUGUAUAUGGCCCUUAGAGGAAGUAGAAGAAACUGGACCAGUUAUUCAGUUCAUUGUUGCCAUCUCGAAAAUAGUUUGAAUUGUUAAGAUCAACACAAAAGGCGCGCUGUGGCUGAUAGCUUCACCUUGCAGAACUCAAGAGCGCCAAAGUCUUGUUGUAUCAAGGAAUAUUAGCAGUUUCUCUGGAAGUAAUUGUACUGUAUUGUGCCACAUUAACCAGAUUGUAAAUAAGAAUGCUGUCAUUUUCGACUUCAUGUUUUGCCCCUAGACUUUGGUCUAUUGGUAAGAGCGCAACGCCUGAUGUGUGAAUCAGGUGCACGUGGUUUGUACUCUAGCGGGCGCAUUAUCCACUGAAUUUUGAACUACGCACCACUCUCCUCGAGGAUUUCUCAGUUAUUUUUAAGAAAUCAACUUUAUAGUUUCGUA